AUGCCAACAACUGAAGGGUUUGGAAAGAUUCUUUGGAAUCUAAACUUAAAUGAAAUUGAAUCAAAAGUGAACUUGCUAAGAAAGUUAGAAAAUCCACCACAUUCAAAUUUAAUUGAAGGGCUAUUACAAAUAAUUCUUGCAUUAGAUAUCUUCUUAGAUACAUCUUUACAAUCUUCUGAAAGCGACAAUUUUUAUAUUGUAGUCUACAAUGCUGUUCAUUUAGAUAGUGGAGAGAUUUACGAACUUUAG